AUGAGCAAAUUGUGGGCUUUGCUUACUCAUCUACAUGCUCUAGCCGGGCCAGUGGUGAUGUUACUCUAUCCUCUAUAUGCAUCAGUGGUAGCAAUAGAGAGCACAUCAAAGUUGGAUGAUGAACAAUGGCUUGCUUAUUGGAUUCUAUACUCUUUUCUUACUCUUAUGGAGAUGCUUCUUCAACCUAUUCUACAAUGGAUACCAAUUUGGUAUGAGGUGAAAUUGGGAAUGGUGGCAUGGUUGGUUCUUCCCCAAUUCAGAGGAGCUGCUUUUAUCUAUAACAAAUUUGUGAGGGAAAAACUCAUCAAGAAAUAUGGAUCUUCAUUUAUCCACCACAAGUCUCAAUCUCCAGAUGGAAAAACCAAAAACAAAAUUGUGGAUUACAUCACCCUCAAGAAGGUGAAAUUCUAA